CCCUUACAGAUCUCUCUUUCACUGCGACUCUCACCAGUUACAUUUGCGUCCUGCAAACUAUCAGUCGGAUUCAGCUGGUUGGAGUCGCUAGGUUGUGGGUGCGAAGACAAGUCACUCACAAGUGUUCUUCAAAGGCGUAAAACAUGACUGCUGGGGCUCAGGGUCACCCUGGGUGGGUGGACAACCAUCCGACCACUCUGAAGUUCUUGGCUGCAGCACAAACUUGUCUUCACCCACACACCUACACCAUCUCCAGCAAGAAAGAUCAUGAAAAACUCUCUGAAGAUUCAACUAGCAAUUCUAUAAAUCUUGCUGCUGAUGAUUCAGAAACUCUGAUGGAGGACAGUCUUGACAAUGCUAUGGAGAUUGUUGAAAAAAAUGUGAUACAUCAGUUUGACAAGACAUGUGAAAGUGAUGUAUUCCUUGAUAUCGCUCCUGAGUAUCGAUUUCCUUUAGAAAUAUCUGAAUUGCUGCUAUCCAUAUUUUGUACCCACUACCCCAACAAAGCCAACAGCCUCAACUUGUCAAUAUUUAGGCAUCCUGAAAAAUGUAAAAUCCGUAAGGCACUUUUAAGAGGUUGUAAUGCAGACGAUGACUGCGUGAAAUAUUUUUUCCAGCAUCAGUUAACACAUCUUGAUGUGAGAGACUGCAAAUACAUUUCAUCCACUUCGUUUUAUACUGUUCAGGAGAAAGGGCAUCAUCUCCAGUCACUUGCUGUGGGCAGUGGUUUUUUUGAUGAUGUACCUAAAAGUAAACUCUCCCUGAACAUGCCAGAUUUACGCAGCCUCGUCAUCAAUAAUGCUUUCAUCUCCGAUGAAUCUCUAUCAGGCUUCAUGAAACAGUCCAAUUUCAAGAACCUAAGAUCUCUAGACCUGUCUGGUUCAGACCAGCUUGAUGAUCUGUCCCCAUUUGUGUCAUUACCUCUUAUAAAUCUGACUCUUCACAAUUGCAAUGCUUCUGAAGAUUGGCUCCUUAUUAUACCUCUCAUAUCUAACCUGAGGCGACUCGACAUAUCUCGCAGUAAGAAUCAAAACUGUCAGUUUGCCAAUAGUGACGUGCUACUGGAGAAGAUUGUUGAAAAUCUUCCAAACUUGACAUACUUGGAUAUUUCGGGCACAAAUCUUUGUGGUACCAAGAAGACGCAACCAGUUUUUGACGGGAAUGGCUCGCUGAUUGGGCACACAGAUAUUCCUGCGCUGCGGUGCCGCGUGGGGCGACCUCUUGAGGUGCUGGGGCUCUGCCACACCACUGAAGAGGCCUGCAAGUGGCCCAACUUGCCUGCUAUCAAAGUGUUGGGUGACGCCAACGAGCUACAGAUCCUGGAGACGGUGGAGGUGCUGAUGCCGUGCAAGGAGCAGGUGACGACCGCCCUCAACGAGCUCUUCCAUCAGUUCCGCUACGAGACUGUGCAGGACGUACAGCGUGCCAUGCGCCUCAUCUUCCAGGCCAUGACACUCUACCACUUCGAUGAACACGUUCAGAUCUCCGGCAGCGCAUCGCUGUUCUACAUCAUGCGGCUCGAGGCGGACUCUCAGGACCACCCCGUGGUGACGGCCGCUGCACGACAACAGAUGGUCACGCUCAUGAUCAACGCCAUGGAGAGGUUCCCCCAUGACAACAUCCUCAUGAGGAAUGGCUGCCUCACCAUCAGUCAGCUCAAAGUGCCCCAGCAAGUGGUAUUUGAGUACGAACGUCUAGUGUCACUGCUGCUGGUGGUGAUCCGACACCGAGGGAACGUGAGCAACUCGACGAGCAACAAUGAGCGCGACAUGGCGGACUUUGUGUGCCGCAUCAGCAUCUACUUGCUGAACAGCUUAGCGUGCCAGGUGGAGGGGCAACACAGGCAGCUGGUCGGCGAUCUCGGCGCUGUCGAGACGAUGCUGUGCCUCAUCAGUGACAAGCUCAAGACCAAGACCCACGACGACAUGCUCGAGCUCGCGUGGAGUGUCAUGUGGAACGUCACGGACGAGACACCACGGAACUGCCAGCGCUUCCUGGACGGCAGCGGCAUGACUUACUUCAGCGACUGCCUCCAGACCUUCAAGGAACACGAGGAUCUAUUACGCAACAUGAUGGGGCUACUGGGCAACGUGGCAGAGGUGCGUCAUCUGCGCUGUCGUCUCCUCACCCCUGAACUCAUCGACACCUUCACCGGACUGCUGAAGAGCAGCUCAGGCGGCAUAGAGGUGAGCUACAACGCAGCAGGCGUGCUGAGCCACAUUGCGAGCGACGGUCCCGAGACUUGGGUGAUCGAGCGGCCCAAGAGGGACGUCGUGCUCGCCGCCCUCACCUCCGCCAUCAACAAGUGGGACAUCGAAGUGCGGCGCAACAUUAACUAUCGGUCCUUCGAGCCCAUCCUGCGCCUGCUGGCCGUGAAGCAUACGCCUCAGUGCCAGCACUGGGCCGCCUGGGCUCUGGCCAACCUCACGCGCGUCUACCCUGACAAGUACUGCAACUUGGUGGUGAGCGAAGGAGGCCUGGAGAUCCUGGAGAGAGUUCGGCAGGAGACGGACGCAGCGCAAAUCAGACGGCUUGCCCAGACUGUCAUCGCGCACUGUCAUGCCUACAAGGAGGACGGGAACUUGGACAAGCUGUACUCGAAAGCAGUUCUGCCGGAGCCUUGACUUGCCUGCAAGUUCCAGCUUUUCCCUGUCAUGCCGUCUCUCUAGGAGCCGACACGUCGCCUCAAUGUAAAUGAGGAUAGUGUCGCCUCGCAUUGAUUAUUAAUGAUAGUAGUUAAGGUCGCUCGCGGGGUGCUGCCCGAGAUACGCAUGCCUUCUCGGUUGUGCUGCAGGAAAGGGACGAUGUCGUUAGUUCUUGUAUAGCCAGCGUGCUGUUGAGGCAUCAAUAAGACUAACAUUGAAAUAACACGAGGCGUCAAUAAUAGCACAAAUGUGGACGAACUAAUUAUUCUCUCGCUUCUAUAAUUUUUCUCUCCAGCGAAGUCAAGUAGUCUUAUGUCUCGAGUUCCCUGCGUUCAUCGUAUAAGGGAUUGUACAAGUUUUGAAUCUUUUAUUUUACUCUUGCAUCUGAAUAAUUUCAUGAUCGUUUGCUGAAAUUGUCUGCGAAUGUGACUAAGCUGACUGGACGUUAACUAAUAAUUUCCAAAUCCCUCGCAACCACUUCUAACUUUCUGCUAUGAUGCAGGAUUGCCAAGUUUGUUGUUUGUGUCGACUCAGCACUACAAGAAAUGUAUAUGCCGUAAACAAACAUUAAAACUAUUCAGUCAUCGCUGAUCUGUAUCUCCAGUUUGAUGCUCCAUCAGUUUUUCCCACAAUGAGCGGAGUAGCCAACGUAUCUAGAAUGCGGAUACGACCUCUCGCUUUAAGUUAUUUAUUUUCUACAAGGAUCAUCUAAUAUUUUUUUCUCUCGCCUCGUGUCUUUUCUUUCUAAUGACAGUAAGGGUUGGCCGCGAAGUCUUUCACUAUGUAAUUUUUUUUGUUUUCACAUAAUAAUUUUCUGACGUCAAACCGGUGCGUUAGCAGAGAUGCUUCUAUUUUUGGAAAUCAGAACUUCGUUUUAUUGAGGAUGCAAGAGUAAGCUUUUUUUAUCCGUCUAUGCUUCAACUGAAUAGCUCACUUUUUUGAAUCUCCUAACAUAAGAUUGCUAUAGUCAGAAGCUAAAAAUUGAAUUGCUUUUUUGAAAUUUAGAAGACUUUCAUGUCAUGCCAACUUUGAACAUGGGAUUUUUGCAUAUGAUUUUGCUUAUUUUCUGAAAUUUAGCUUCAGGCUUUUGGUACUGAUUUAUUUUUCAAAGUAGUUGGAUCUCAUGCUAGCUAAGAAUGCUUGAAUGUUCAAAAAACCCAUUGAAAUUUGGUUUUAAAAAGCUAAUCCUGUCAAAUAAUGGAAGUUAUGAUUAUUUCGUCUGUUAAAACCAAAAAUGUUCAGUCAUGUGUAUCGCUUGCCGUGACUUAUGAGGCAAAAAUUUGAUGCCUCUGGAAACUUUUCAGUUAUACUACCUCGCUUGGACCGUUUACCUUCUCUUCCAGUGCACUAUUUGCAUUUAAACUUGGUCGUUUAAUGUCUUAUGUCGCUGAUGUAUAGCAUUCAAUGAGCAGUAAGCACAACUUUUGUAUCUCCAGUCAUUCUACAGCUGCCGUUUUUCUGAACAAUCUCUACUACAUGUCGUGUAUUGUGAAACCACUCUCACUGAAGCGAUUCCUUGUUUUCAAAUUGUUCUUUCGGGCAGAACACUGUAGGUAUCACUAUCUGAUAUAAUAAUUUUUCUAAUCUCUAAUCUAAUGUUAUAAAGUAUUUCGAUUAAUCGUUGACACGUAAUGACUAUAAGCCAGUUGCUACGGGCUAGUCUCUGCUGCAGAUAAUGAAGGAGUGACCAAAUCCUGGCAACAUUACACUGAAGACUACUUCGUAGAAUGUGCUUUUUCGCUCUAUCUGCUUCUAAGAUGUCUAAUAAUGAUGUUUGUCCUUACAUCAGAGGAUGAAUUUGGGUAAUGCUAAAUAAUAGAUUAUAAAUGCUGUAUAUAUUGAUAGCUGACGAAAUUUCGUGCUGCAUGCAAAGCCUCGUUAGAUGGAAUGUAAGGUCGGUAGGGGAGGGAGGUGGAUCCCGGUCUGAGAGUCGUUUUAUCGAGUGAAGUAUAUUGGUGUUAUUGUUCUAACUUUGCUAUUGUCUUGACUUAGUUAGCGUGGGCAUCACACGAUUCCGGCGGAAAAUCGAAGAUUUUAUCCGUUGAAGUUUGUGAGCCAAGGAGUAGCUAAGGCAACAGUUCAGAUGAGAGGCUGCACUGCAUUUGCUCGUGUUGUGUAGAAUGCCGGAUUAAUGACGAUUAAUAUUUACAUUUGCUCGUUAAAUAAGGCAAAAUUAUGGUCGUUUAGGUAAUGAGCUGCCUCGUGCUUUUGUCAGCUUCAUUCAAGGAGCUUUCAGGAUUGGGCCGUGUGAUGAACAUUAUGACAGUUACCUGUAACAAACUUUUCUGAACAAGGCCUGUCGGUUGAAGUGUAACUUUGAGGGAAUAUAUUUACUAUGACACUUUCUCUGUUAAGCGAGUGAUCAUGGCUAUCGUUCUAAAAAACAUGCUGGGAAAGAAAUUUUAUUUCUUGUUCCAUGCAUUUCUGUACGAAUCUCGAAACUUUUAUUUAUCUUCGUAAUGUAGUCAUGACAAGCUCUCCGAAAAAUAUAUAAUAUGCCUGCGACCGAGGUCCUUCUUCCAGUAAUACUUCCGUAUUGAAUAUGUGAAUACUUCGCGUCAAUUAUCUUGUAGGCGCUACGAAGAUUAAAUGUUUUUCUUCGAUGCCAUGGGAAAGGGUCAGGGCUUGAAUAAAAAAGGCACAAUGAAAUUCUGCCUCGUGUUCAAUGGAACUCGUUGGCUUUCCUGCUUCUGAAGCUGCAAGGUUUUUGUAGUGAGCUAGUAUUGGUUCUCACGGCACAACAUCGAUAUAAAAAUUGUAUGAAAUUCGAAGUGAAAUAUUAAAAUAGCUACAAAUCCGUGUCGAACACUUUUCUACAGAAUAAAAUACCUUGAUUCUGUACAUGACAAGAUGCACUAAGAACAACCAUCUGUGAUUACUUCUAAGCGAUGACGGCAAUAGUCACGCAGUGCUAACCUACACGACGGUGAAGACGUUCAAAAUCUAAACUUGAGUCCGAUACAAUGAAGUUGACUCUGAGUUGAAGUUUUAAAGUAAAAUUUCGUCAGUACUACUACUACUACUGAUUAUUGUAAAAUCCUGUGCGUCAAAAAGAAAUGCUCAUUUUAACACAUCUUGUACAUGCUUGUCAUCUAUUUACUAGUAAUUAAUGCACGUUAACAUAAAAUAUUUUUUGCAAGUCGAUCAGCCUCGCAGAAGAUAUUUUGCCCGUAGCGGUUGUUGCUGUAAUAUUUUCGGCUUUUAACCUGUUGCAUUAUAAAUUUUCAACUGAUCGGCGGA